GAAAUGAUUUACUCUUGUGCAAUAUCAAACUGUGUCAAUCAGGCAAAUAAAGGAAGAAAGCCUUGUUUAUAAACACGCCUGCUUCUGAUUUCACUUUAUUGCGUCUCAGGCUCCAAGAGGGGGAAAGAAUGAAGCUUUGGAUGCUUGGCGUUUUUCUGUUUUUAUCUAAUUCUACAGCCUGGACAAAAGAUAAGCACUAUUACAUUGGAAUUGUGGAGACGACUUGGAACUAUGCCUCUGACAACCGGGAAAAGACGCUCAUUUCGGUUAACAAGGAACAGUCUGACGUCUAUCUUCGAAGUGGUCCAGACAGGAUCGGAAGCACAUACAAGAAGGCCCUUUACAUCCAAUACACGGAUGGACACUUCAGGACCACUGUGGACAAGCCAAGCUGGCUGGGAUUCUUAGGCCCCAUCAUCAAGGUGGAAGUUGGAGAUACCGUCUAUGUACACCUAAAAAACUUUGCCUCCAGGCCUUACACGUUCCAUUCCCACGGAGUCACGUACUACAAGGAGCAUGAGGGCGCCAUUUACCCCGACAACACCACCGGGACCCUAAAGGCCGAUGACAAGGUGCUCCCAGGGGAGCAGUACACCUACGUGCUGCACGCCAACAAGGAACAGAGCCCUGGGGAGGGCGACGCGAACUGCGUGACCAGGAUCUACCACUCUCACAUCGACGCCCCGAAAGACAUCGCCUCGGGACUCAUUGGGCCUCUGAUACUCUGUAAAACAGGUUCUCUCAAUCAGGAAAAGGAAAAAAACAUUGACCAAGAAUUUGUGGUAAUGUUUUCGGUGGUGGACGAAAAUCUCAGCUGGUACCUGAAGGACAAUAUUAAAACCUACUGCUCAGAACCAGAGAAAGUGGAUACAGACAGCAAGGACUUCCAGGAGAGCAACAGGAUGUACUCUGUAAAUGGACACGCUUUUGGAAGCCUUCCUGGCCUCUCCAUGUGUGCCGAGGACAGGGUGAAAUGGUAUCUUUUCGGGAUGGGCAAUGAAGUGGAUGUGCAUGCAGCUUUCUUUCAUGGGCAAGUACUGACUCAUAAGAACUACCGUACGGACACAAUCAACCUCUUUCCCGCCACCUUAUUUGAGGCCUUUAUGGUGGCCCAGAACCCAGGAACAUGGAUGCUGAGCUGCCAGAAUCUGAACCACCUGAAAGCGGGUUUGCAGGCAUUCUUCCAGGUCCAGGACUGCCACAAGCCCUCCACGGAGGGCAAGGUGCAGGGGAAGGUUAGACACUAUUACAUCGCUGCGGAGGAAAUCAUCUGGAGCUAUGCACCCUCCGGAGUAGACGCUUUCACCAAGGAAAACUUAACGGACCCCGAAAGUGAUGCAGGUGUAUUCUUUGAACAAGGUCCCACGAGAAUCGGUGGCUCUUAUAAAAAGCUGGUUUACCGUGAGUACACAGAUGCCUCCUUCCUGACUCGAAAGGUGAGAGGACCUGAUGAGGAACACCUUGGCGUCCUGGGUCCCCUCAUCUGGUCCGAGGUAGGCGAUGUCAUCAAAGUCACCUUUAGUAACAAAAGCCCACAUCCCCUGAGCAUUGAGCCAACUGGGGUGAGAUUCACCAAGGACAACGAGGGCACGUACUACGCCCCCCGUGGCACCCCCUUGAGGGGAGGUGCGCCUCCUCACCCCGCCUCCCACGUGGCACCCCAGGAGACCUUUACCUAUACAUGGACGGUCUCUGAGGAAGUGGGGCCCACUUACGCAGAUCCCGUAUGCCUGGCAAAGAUGUAUUACUCCGCUGUGGAUCCCACCAGAGAUAUAUUCACCGGGCUGAUCGGGCCAAUGAAAAUAUGCAAGAAAGGAAGCUUACAUGAAAAUGGAAGGCAGAAAGAUGUGGACAAGGAGUUCUACUUGUUUCCCACUGUAUUUGAUGAGAAUGAGAGUUUGCUCUUGGAUGACAACAUUAAGAUCUUCACAGCCACACCUGAUCAAGUGAACAAGGAGGACGAAGACUUUCAGGAAUCUAACAAGAUGCACUCCGUGAAUGGAUUCAUGUACGGGAACCAGCCUGGUCUCAGCAUGUGCCAGGGAGAUUCGGUGGUGUGGUACUUGUUCAGUGCCGGGAACGAGGCCGACAUCCACGGCAUUUACUUCUCAGGAAACACCUUCCUGUCAAAGGGAGAAAGGCGCGACGCGGCCAACCUCUUCCCCCACGCCAGCCUCACGCUGCUCAUGCAGCCUGACACCCCAGGGACGUUUGACGUCCUGUGCCUCACGACGGAUCACUACACAGGCGGCAUGAAGCAGAAGUACACGGUGAGCCAGUGCAAGCAGCCGUCCGAGGGCUCCCCCGUGUACCUGGGCAAGCAGACCUACCACGUCGCGGCGGUGGAGGUCGAGUGGGAUUAUUCCCCGCACAGGGAGUGGGAGAAGGAGCUGCACAACUUACAAGGGCAAAGUGCCUCAAAUGUAUUUUUAGAUAAGGAAGAGUUUUACAUAGGCUCCAAGUACAAGAAAGUUGUCUAUCGGCAAUACACUGACAGCUCGUUCAAAGUUCCGGUGGAGAGGAAAGCGGAAGAGGAGCACCUGGGGAUUCUGGGUCCACUACUUCAUGCAAAUAUUGGAGACACAGUGACAAUUGUCUUUAAAAACAUGGCGACAAGGCCCUACUCCAUACACGCCCAUGGGGUGAAGACACAGAGUCCUACCGUGGUUCCAACACAACCAGGGGAAGUUCACACGUACGUAUGGGAGAUCCCAGAGCGAUCUGGCGGCGGAGCGGAGGACGCAGCCUGCAUCCCGUGGCCUUACUAUUCCACCGUGGACCGAGUGAAGGACCUCUACAGCGGAUUAAUCGGCCCACUGAUUGUGUGUCGGAAACAUGCCACGGCAGUGUUUGAUCCCAUGAGGAAACUGGAGUUUUCGCUUUUGUUUCUGGUGUUCGAUGAGAACGAAUCAUGGUAUUUAGAUGAUAACAUCCAAACAUACUCCAAUCACCCCGAGAAAGUAAAAAAAGAUGAUGAUGAAUUCAUAGAAAGCAAUAAAAUGCACGCCAUCAAUGGGAGAAUGUUUGGGAACCUGCAAGGCCUCACCAUGCACGUGGGCGACGCCGUCAGCUGGUACCUGAUGGGGCUGGGGAACGAGGUGGACUUGCAUACUGUGCAUUUCCAUGGCCACAGCUUCCGAUACAAGCACAGGGGCAUUUACAGUUCUGAUGUCUUUGACGUCUUCCCUGGGACGUAUCAGACCCUGGAAAUGGUUCCCCAGACACCUGGGAUCUGGCUUCUCCACUGUCAUGUGACUGACCAUAUCCAUGCUGGGAUGGAAACGACUUACACCGUCCUGCGGAGCGAAGCUCUCCUUCAAAGCGCACAGCAGCCUGUCUCCGUGUAAACACGUCCACCUGUACUUCCUAAAAGCAAAACUAUUCUGUGUACAGCCAUAAUGCAAUUGUCAAGAUCAGCAAAGCUGUAACAAGGAUGAAAACCCACAGAUCUUUUUCAAGUGUUACCCUUCACCCUACUUGCGGUUUUGACACAAGAAGAGAAUCCAGGGACACGCGCUGUAUGGUGGGACGUGUCUGAAGUCUCCCUCACCCACAGCUGUUCCUUGUGCAGUGACCUUCACACUCCAAGCACAGUCAGCCACUGCAUGGGAUGUCCUACACGCUGGGUCUACUAAUGUGUCCAGGUUCAGCAUUUUUGGCAAGACUGUCACAGAAGAGAAGAGUUUUUCUUCUCAUUCCCUCAGGAAGCAACACACACUGGUUUGCUCCUUAACUGGGAAGUUUUGAGGUGGUAUUUGCUAGCUUUCUCCCCUCCUGAUUAUAGUGUUUCAAUAAGAAUCUCAGAGGGAGAAACUUAUUUUCCUUUAAUUAAAGCCUUACUAGAAUGAGAGACUUCUUUUUCUCCUUUUUUUGUCAUGGGGCUUGAACUCCGGGCCUGGGUGCUGGCCCUGAGCAAUUCCGCUCAAGAC